GGGCUCAGUUGGAGCACCUGUCGCGCGCGCGCCGAUCAAUUAGUCGAAACCAACCCUUUCAGCGGUGUUUCCCGAUGUUCCCCUCAUCUGGUCUUUUCUCUGGUAUAAAUUGUCCUUUUUCAAAACGUGCGUGUGAGCGGCCUCACUGUUUGUACAAACAUGCCAAAGAAUUGCGGGAAAUGUUUGGUGACUCCCGUCAAUCACCGGUAGUUGGCUUUGCAGGGGAGCAAAACUGUUAUCCAUUGAAUGACGAGACCAAAGAUGACUCCCUCCAGGAGCUGGAGCGGAUCAACAAGGAGAUUGAAACCGUACGGCACGAGGUGGAGCAGGAGCAGAGACGACUGUCCCGUUACCAGACCGUACUGGCAGACGGCAUAAAACCUUCGCCCACAAAGUCUGAGGCUGCAGGUAAAAAAAUGGAAAGAGGUCCGUCGUCGUGCACGGGCUUAACUCGCUCAUCUUCCAGAGGAAAGAAGUACGUGGUCGACAACUCAAAACCGAGGACUGAUCUGGAGUACGACCCUCUGUCCAACUUCUCUGCCGGCUUGAGGUCAGGUAAAGAGCAUAAGGGGAAACACGGGAAAGAUUUGAAAAGAGAGAGAACCGUCGCGGGUAAGUCUCCGCCCUCCCGGUUGCCAUCUUCAGAGCCCCUCGACGACUCUAACGAGGACGAUGACCUGAUCAUUGACAUCCCUCCCUCGCCUGAGAGGAAGAGAGCGAGAGCUCCCAAACCCGUCGACGUUGUUGCUGGAAAACCCACCCAGAAUAAAGCCAGGGUCAAAACGGAGCCCGCUCUACCUCUGAAAGCAGACGCGUGCGAGGCCGCAGCCUCGCCGCCGCCAAAAAUGGAAAUUAGUAGAGGGCAUAGUAACUGCAAUGACGAGAACAUUCGAGAUUUGUUUAGCCUUUACGAGAGUACAGAGCGUGAGAUUGUACCAGUUGACGGGGGUGCAAUUGAUUUAACUGGCUGUUUAGAAGAAGUGCGAGCUCGCCCUCAUGCUGAGAAAGCAGCGGAGACGGGUCCGGAGCCCGCGAGUCCUCCUGCCACCGCGGACCGGCAGGACACCAACAGCAACAACCUGUUUGCGGAGGAGGCCGACAACCCGUUCCAGGUGGACCUUUCUCAGUGGGAGCUGCCCCAUUGCGUUGGGGAUAAAAUGAAUCGGUUUCACCCAAAGAAUUCCCUUUUUGACGACCCUACGGGCGCCAAGCAGGUCCUGAGCGCAGAGCAGCCCGCUCAGAACUGGCUCAGUAACCAGUGGCUGCCAGAGAUGCCACAAGGCCCGGAUACGCCAGGCCAAGUGCCAGGGCAGGUGCCAACAGAACCGGCUUGGGCAAACGGAGACGAACUGAUAACUGGACAGCUUUUUGUGACUGAGGAGGAUGACGAGGGGGAGGAGGAGGAGGAGGAGGAGGAGGAGGAGGUUAUACUCAUUGCUUCCAGCUCGGAUGAAGACGAGCUCAAAUAUUCUGAGGUGGAGCUGUCCGACAGUGAUCCGAUGGAGGAAUGCUACAGGAUCUUCAUGGAGGCCAACGAGGAGCAGGGGGAUGAAAAGCAGCCCGACGUGUCUGUUGCCGCCGAUGUGGAGAAGCCAAAGUUGAGCGUCAAACCCCAGGAAAGCCUGCCAGGAAAGAAGAGGGUGGCUCAUGAUGCCAAACAUACAGAGCCGGGGGUUAAGAGCAGACCUCAGCCCCAGGUGCUGGUUCCCCUGCGGGCGCCAACAAUGUCAGGAUUUACCUCCCAGCCCUCGACCACCUGCAAGAUCCAGCAGGUGCAGCACAGAGCCUCCGCGCUGACUGCUUCGCUCAAAGGCGGUCAGGCCUUUGUGGUUUCCUCCGGCUACCAGAGGAAGCCAGAGACCCAGAGUGCGUCUCUUCCUUCAACUCCAACCACUGAAAACCUGCAGUCUGCUCCGGUACAAAACGCUCACGUGAACUACAUAUCUCUGGGAACCGCCGUGAUUGGAGUGGACAACAACCUCCACCUGAUCCUCCCGGAGGGCAUCUUCCCUCUGCCGGUCUCCUCCUCGGCCUCCUCCGGCCAAGUUGCUUCAGUGCUCACCCCCAUCAGCCAUGUGACCACGAGCGCCGUGGCCGUGAGGCAGAUGUACCACGGCCCCGCGGUGACCGCCCUGCAGAGGUACCGCACGACGGCCCCGGUGCUCAUCCCCGCGCCGGCGCGCAAGCCGUCGCUGGCCUCGGCCUUCGCGUCGUCGCAUCCGAGUCCCGCCGCCGCCUUCGCCGCUCCUCAAGCUGCCGUCCACGCCGCUGUCAAGCCGGUGCCUGCUAAGCGUAAACUGAAGCAGUGCGAGGCCGCCAAAGACAAAGUGCCCCACGAAAUCCGACAGCGGUACGUCAACAUGUUCACAGAGGAGUUCCUCAAGGCCACGGCGAAUGUCAAUGAAGCUUUUGAAAAGGCGCUUGCUGAAGAGAAGGCCGUGUACAAUCGCAGUGUGAACAAACUGAAAUAUCUGAGUGUUGCAGUGAACGCGCUGAAGAAGCUGAAGAACCAAAGCGCUGUUUCAGCGAAAGAUGAAAAUGAAGUCAAAAGCCAACGAUCUAAAGGCAACAUUUCACUUAAUCUUAAUAAGUUAAAGGCAAACGAUGACAAGGCGUUGUAUGAGAGUUUAAAGGACUACAUUUUGACCGAGGAAAGGCUGGUUGAGGGCAACUUUCCAGUCCAGCACCCAGAGAACCCCGGCUGUGCUGUCCUCUUUGUAGACGGCAAGAAAGGCAUCACGGACCCCCUCAAGAGGAUCUGCUGUCGAUGUGGAUCCACAUACUCCGUGAACCAGGCGGGUAAACACACUCGUAAAGAGGAGUGUAAUUACCACCACGGGAAAGGGGUCACGAAAAAAGUGCCAGGUGGCGUGGAGACGCGCUACAGCUGCUGCGAGGGAGUGAUGGGAGCGCCUGGGUGUCAGGUGUUCCAGGUGCACGUGCACGAUUCUGUCAGCCUGGAUGGGUUUGUGUCGACCGUUCCCAGGCUCCCCUCGGACACCAGCUGUCCGGGGGUCUACUCCUUGGACUGUGACAUGUGUUACACCAAUCGCGGACUGGAGCUGUCCAGGGUGACCGUGGUCAACUGGCGCCUGCAAGUCGUCUACGACACCUUCGUCAGACCGGAUAAUGAGGUCAUUGACUAUAACACCAGGUUUUCGGGCGUCAGUGAGGAAGAUGUGAAGGGUAACCGCACCUCCCUCAGAGAGGUGCAAGAGACCUUAUUGAGCUUCAUCAGCGCCGACACCAUUCUGAUUGGACACGGCCUGGAAACAGACCUCUGUGCCCUGAAGUUGCUCCAUGGGACGGUGGUUGACACAUCGGUGGUCUUCCCUCACCGUCUGGGCCUCCCUCACAAGCUGACCCUCAACAACCUCACAGCUGAAUAUCUCAUGAGGAUCAUCCAAGAGAGUGUUUGUGGCCAUGACGCUGAGGAGGAUGCUGCUGCCUGCAUGGAGCUUAUGUUAUGGAGACUCAAAGAAGAUGGAAAAAUGAAGAAAUUAUGGAUAUAAUGCUUGAUAAUCCCCAAACUGGUGACCCAUGAAUAAUGUAGACACUAUUAUGGAUAUUUGCCAUAUCUAUUUCUGUCCUGUUGAUGUGGGAGGGCUGUUUAUUUUUUCUGUUACAUUACUUAAUUUUGUGUUAAAAUGGUAAUACCUGUAUAUACAUUUUUAUUUUCAGCCUGUGUCCAUAUUUGUGAAAGUCUGAAGGGGUGGGGUGUCAGUAUUAUCCCAGUAAAGGCAUGUAUUGAAACCUGUGUCUGUUAUUGUUAACGAAGUUACACCAACCAAUGAACACUCAUCGUUAACUGCUUAAUUGGCCUCAGGUGCAGUUAUGCAAAUUAGCUCACACCUGUUUGCAAUUAAUGCAAUUACAAGUCAUAGCCAGAAGAGCAAAUGUGUAUAUUGCAUGCAAAUACAUGAUAUAAACAUUUUAGAAGAUAAGAAAAGAUUUGACUGGCGUGUUA